AAGUGAACUUGUAAUAAAUAAAAUAUUAUUAAAAAAUAGUGCAGAUAUAAAACUAGGUGAAAAAAAAAAACAACACUUUUCUUUCAAUAUGUACUAUUCGGUUAGAACUUCAUUUGGAUUUCAUACUCUUGCAUCUUAGAAAUGUCUUUGGUGUGACAUUACAAAUUCAUGAAUUUGGAGGUUGACUGGGACUUUUUGAGUUUGGUUGGAAGCAAAACAUUUUUAGAGGACAAGAAUGACUUGUCCUCUUCUCAUUCAAAACUUAUUCAAACGGUUGUCUUCUGGAAAGGAAAGAAGAUACUUUGUUUGACAAAACGGACAAAACGAACAAAACAGAAAAGAAAAAAUAUAUAUAAGGGAUGGGAACCACAUUAUUUUAAAAAAUGAGGACUAGUUGUAGGACUUACUCUAUAAUUAACUUCAAUAAUCUGAACUAUCUAUUUUUUAAAAUUGUACCUUAUAGACCAUCUCUACAAAAAUUCAAUUCAAUUCGAAACUAUUUGCAUACUUAAUUGUCAAGAUGAAAUUUCAAUAAUAUCAUUCAAAUUCAUCUUUUGGCGAGAAUCGAACUUAAAACCUCUCACUUACAAAUAAAAAUGAAUACCACUUUGUUUUAAAAGGAAAUACAUGUACCUUACGCUAUAAAAUUGAGUACCACUAGUGUUGGUAAUACAAGAUAGUUAUAGUAUGUUAAAAGUAUGAUGAUAUAGCUUUCUUGAAAAAUAUGUGAAACACUCAUGUGUGAAAAAUAUGUACACUCGCAAGUGUUAAUACGCGUUAUGUUUGAUUUUAAAAAUUAGUAUUUUAAUGAAUUAUUCAAACGUAGCAGAAAACAUAAGCAUUUAAAAAAAAAAAAAAAACUACGCAAAUAUGAAUGUAGUAUGUACGCAAAUUUAAACUAACAAAGAAAUUUCAUUGAAUUUUGUUUGCAAAAUGAUGUCAUUAUUUAAUUCAUUUGAAUCUAUCCACGAGAAAUCUAAUUAUUAAAGCCUCUGUAGUUUGUUUUUUAAGUCCGCCGUUAAAUCUCAGGGCUUAACUCUAAACAUGUAGUGGAAACUACCAAGCUCGAGUACAUUAAUUAGAAUAUUAAUAUACACAUUAAUAUUAACAAACCAAUUAAUGAACAAAUUUAAUAACUAAUUUUGAUGACUCUAGUAUUAUUUUUAAAAAUUAAUUUGGCAUGAAUUAUGUAAACGAAAACUAGUUAUAUAAGUUUUCAAAAAUAUAGUAAAGCAGAGGUUUUUGGUUUGUGGAAAUUUUCUUCAAGCACAAGAAGUUGGUAGGUGUGAUUUAUCAAAAUAAAUCGAAAUAUGUGAAAUGGACGGCUUUAUUAAAUAUUGUCCACAUGGAAAGUGGAGACACCACCAUGGUAACUGAGUAACUUUAUACUAUAUUUUUAUCUUUAUGGAAAAAUUAAAAGACUAGUAUUAUACUUGUAAUCCGGAUCUCUACGUUCAGAGUCGUGGAUUGAGAAAUUUAGACUGUUUAAAAGAGAAAAAGAUCCGAACUGUUCAAAUUUUUUGAAUUUUUAUGAAGUACAUCAGUGUAGUGACUAAUGAAAGUCUUACGAUUAAGAUUAAGUGGUUUAAAUCUCUCAAUUCAAAAACACGAACAUAGAAAUUAAGAAUAAAUCCAUAUCCUCUAAAUAAUACAUAAAAUAAUCGUCACAUAUUCAAUAUUCAGUUUUCAAAUAGGUCGUUGAAAAUAUUCUUUGUUAAGCAUCGUAGUCUGCAUACAAGUUAGACGGUAGACUGAAACCGAGAAGGUCAAAGCAUCCAAGCCCCCAAGUGGUGGUAUUAAAAUAAAAACAAUAAAGUCCAAAGAUUUCAAUUGGAGAAAAGUAUAGAAACCAAAAUUAUCCGAGAAAGUUGGGCUUCUUUGUAUUUUCCUGAAAGAAAAUUACACCGUUAUAUCCGCACAGUUUCUUGACUGCUGUUACUGGCUGCCAGAUCUUUUGCUUCAACCAUUUUUAAAGCUGAAUUUUGGGGUCUCUUUGUUUUCCCUUUUUGUAUGUAUUGCAAAUCUGCAACCUGCAAAAAGUUUGAAUCCUGCGAAGAGAAAGAGAUUGAUCCUGCUGUUUGCCGGACUUCUCAUCCUCAGCCGCCUUUUGGAUUCCUACUUGGUUUUUGGAGUGUUGUUCGUUGGGUUUUUGCCAGUUUUCAACAUAGACUACUUGAGUGGAUUCAAAAGUACUGAUUUUUGGAGUUGUUUCACCAAAGGGGUAUCUUUUGCUUUUCUGAAUUUUGGAAGAAAUUGGAGGGUUUUGGUUCAAUUGCUGAAGUUGUUUCUUAUACAGUGGUGGAUUUUGAACUAGGAAGGGCCUGAAGUUCAACUCUUGUUCUUGAUCCGAAAACCGGAAAGAUUUGAGUUGGAUUUGUUGGUUCAUUUCUGGGUGUGUUUAUUGUAUGGUUAUGGGGGAUUGUAAAUCUGUGAACCCGGAAAUGGAAGGAGACUGCGAUUUGAUUGCUGCGGCGAAGAACAUAGCGAGGGCAUUGGGGUCGAAGAAGAACCUUACAGAUGGUGAAAGGGAGGUUCUGGCUAAUCUUGGCACCCAAUUGUCCAGCAUGAUCAGACUCGGUGAGAGAACUGAUGAGAAGGUAACUGAGGUGGCAGAUCGCCUUAAUUCGAUUCAGGAGAGGAUAAUGAGGUGGGAGGCUGAUCAGUCUAUGAUAUGGGAUUCGAGUCCGAAUGAGUCUCUGGAGUAUGUCAAGGCUGUGGAGGAGGCUCGGAGGUUGAUCGAAAGAUUGGAAGCGUCGUGUUUGGAUAAAAAUGAUGAAGAGUGCGAGGUGUUGCAUAGAGCUCAUGAUGUUCUUCAGACUGCAAUGGCUAGGCUAGAGGAAGAGUUCAAGCACAUGCUUGUUCAGAACAGGCAACCCUUUGAACCCGAGCACAUGUCUUUUCGUUCUUGUGAAGAGGAUAUUAUGGAUGGAAGCUCGAUAAUCUCUUUUGGGGACGAAUCGAUUGAGGACUCACUUCGAAGGGAUAGUGUUAGCAGAGCGUCUGAGGAAGUCAUCAUUGAUUUGGUUCAUCCCGAUGUAGUUCCUGAGCUCAGAGGCAUUGCAAAUUUGAUGUUCAAUUGCAAUUAUGAUCAGGAAUGUACGCAAGCUUAUAGCAUCAUCCGAAAGGAGGCAUUGGAUGAGUGCCUCUCCAUUCUCGAAAUCCAGAAGCUGAGUAUUGAGGAUGUGCUGAAGAUGGAGUGGGGCUGCUUGAAUUCCAAAAUCAGAAGAUGGGUCUGGGGUAUGAAGAUCUUCGUGCGAGUUUAUCUAGCUAGCGAGAAAUCGCUCAGCGAUCAGAUUUUUGGGGAGCUGGGACCGAUUUAUUUGGAUUGUUUUGUUGAGGCAUCAAAGGCUUCAAUGCUGCAGCUUCUGAAUUUUGGUGAAGCCAUGUCUAUUGGCCCCCACCAACCAGAAAAGUUGUUCCGCAUUCUUGACAUGUAUGAGGUGCUUGCAGAUGUUCUUCCCGAUAUAGAUGCUUUAUAUGCGGACGAGGCUGGUUCUUCUCUAAGAAUUGAGUGUCAUGAGGUUCUGAUGAAAUUGGGUGAGUCUGUGAAGGCGACAUUUAGUGAAUUCGAGAGCGCCAUUGCAUCAAACCCCUCGACUAACCCUGUUGCUGGAGGAGGAGUACAUCCUCUCACCAGAUAUGUGAUGAAUUACUUGAGGACUCUCACAGACUAUGGAGAGACUUUUCAUUUUCUCUUCGAGGAGAGCGAUGAUGCUGAUUCCGUUUUGCUGUCUCCUGACACGAGUCCUACCUCAGAAGAGGAAAACAAAGCCACUGAUUCUCCAGGCAGAAUUUCCCUAAUGGUUCACCAGUUCCGAUCACUUACUUCAACUCUGGAAGGCAACCUUGAUGAGAAGUCCAGGUUAUAUAAGGAUCCUUCCUUGCAACACGUAUUUUUGAUGAACAAUCUACGUUACAUGGCUCAGAAGGUUAAGGGGGAUGAACUGAGGCUCAUUUUUGGAGACAGCUGGCUUAGAAAGUGCAACGGGAAAGUUCAACGGCACGCUAUGAACUACCAGAGAUCUAGUUGGAGUUCCAUCCUUAAUUUACUCAAAGAGGAGGGCAUUCAAAAUCCCGGUUCAAAUUCUGUCUCAAAAACCCUCCUCAAGGAAAGGCUCCGCAGCUUUUACCUUGCGUUCGAGGAGAUCUACAAGAGCCAAACAACGUGGCUCAUUCCGGAUCCUCAGCUUCGAAAAGAUGUGCAAAUCUCAGCGUCCCUGAAUGUAAUCCAAGCUUAUAGGACAUUCGUGGGAAGACAUUCGAAUGACAUAAGUGACAAGCUCAUCAAGUACAGUGCGGACGAUUUGCAGAAUUACCUCUUGGAUCUCUUAGAGGGAUCCCCGAAAUCAUUACAAAAUUCCAGCAGGAGGUGACAGCAAAGUAGAUGGUGUAGUCACCAUUGUCUUGUUAUUAUUUUCAGCAGAGGACAUAUUUUGAUUUUACGUUCCACUCUGCUGCUCAUGUAUGUUUUCGUGUGUGUAACGUUGUUAUUUGAUGAAUCCGGUUCACUUUUGUGACCUCUGCAUUGGAUGUCAUAACUGAUAUAAGAUUGAAUGAAGUAGAAUUUCAUUCGAAA